AUGCGCCUCAACGGCUCUGCGCCGGUUCCCCGGGGCGCGCCGGGCGCCAAACCCUUCCCGCUGCCGCCCUCGGGGCUGGAGGCGGCGCUCCUAGCCCCCGGCUUCGGUAACGGCACUGGCAACGAGUCGGAGCACCUGCGAGCGGCGCCCAGCAGCGACCUGGACGUGAACACGGACAUCUACUCCAAGGUGCUGGUAACCGUGGUGUACCUGGCGCUCUUCGUGGUGGGCACGGUGGGCAACUCGGUGACGGCGUUCACGCUGGGGCGCAAGAAGUCGCUGCAGAACCUGCAGAGCACCGUGCACUACCACCUGGGCAGCCUGGCGCUGUCCGACCUGCUCAUCCUGCUGCUGGCCAUGCCCGUGGAGCUGUACAACUUCAUCUGGGUGCACCACCCCUGGGCCUUCGGCGACGCUGUCUGUCGCGGGUACUAUUUCCUGAGGGACGCCUGCACCUACGCCACCGCCCUCAACGUGGCCAGCCUCAGUGUGGAGCGCUACCUGGCCAUCUGCCACCCCUUCAGGGCCAAGACCCUCAUGUCUCGCAGCCGCACCAAGAAGUUCAUCAGUGGCAUCUGGCUCGCCUCGGGCCUGUUGGCCGUGCCCAUGCCCUUCACCAUGGGCCAGCAGAACCGCAGUGCCGACGGCCAUCACCCCGGCGGCCUGGUGUGCACGCCCGUAGUGGGCACCGCCACGAUCAAGGUCGUCAUCCAGAUUAAUACCUUCAUGUCCUUUGUGUUCCCCAUGGUGGUCAUCUCCAUCCUGAACACCAUCAUUGCCAACAAGCUGACCAUCAUGGUCCGCCAGGCAGCUGAGCAGGGCCAGGUGUGCACGGUUGGGGACCAGCACAGCUCAUUCAGCAUGUCCAUCGAGCCUGGCAGGGUCCAAGCCCUGCGGCAUGGCGUCCGGGUCUUACGUAUAUUCCUGUACGACUUCUACCACUACUUGUACAUGCUGACCAACACGCUCUUCUACGUCAGCUCCACCAUCAACCCCAUCCUCUACAACCUGGUCUCCGCCAACUUCCGCCAGGCCUUUCUGUCCACGCUGGCCGGCCUCUGUCCCUUGUGGGGGCGCAGGAGGGGGAGGCCGGCCUUCUCCAGGAAGACCAACAGCGUGUCCAGCAACCACACCUUCUCCAGCAACGUCACUCGGGAGACGCUGUAUUAG